CCCGGUGCUUUCGUUUUCCCCGCAGCGCUGAGUCUGUCGAGGCGUCUGGCGACGCGGGAACCGCGCCCCUCAGACCCUCUUGGGACGCAGCUGAGCGGCGCUGGGAGAUCUGCCCCGACUCGGGCACCCGUGUGCAUUGUAUCAGCUCUGUCCCAUCUCCAGAGCCGCUGCCACCCCGUGCACUGCGCGCAACGGGCACCUAAUUUGCUGAGUUUGGUGGUUGCUUGUGUUUGAAUCCCAGCCUGCUCCCGGAGACAGUUGAACAAUGUCUCAGUGGUACGAACUUCAGCAGCUGGACUCCAAGUUCCUGGAGCAGGUUCACCAGCUCUACGAUGACAGCUUUCCCAUGGAAAUCAGACAGUACCUGGCCCAGUGGCUAGAAAAGCAAGACUGGGAGCACGCUGCCAAUGACGAUUCCUUUGCCACCAUCCGCUUCCAUGACCUCCUUUCCCAGCUGGAUGACCAGUACAGCCGCUUCUCUCUGGAGAACAACUUCCUGUUGCAGCAUAACAUACGGAAAAGCAAGCGCAAUCUUCAGGAUAACUUCCAGGAAGAUCCCGUACAGAUGUCCAUGAUCAUUUAUAACUGCCUGAAGGAAGAGAGAAAGAUUUUGGAAAAUGCCCAGAGAUUUAAUCAGUGCAUAGAGCAUGAAAUCAAGACCCUAGAAGAUUUACAGGACGAAUAUGACUUUAAGUGCAAAACCUCACAGAACAGAGAAAGUGAAGCCAACGGCGUGGCCAAGAAUGAUCAGAAGCAAGAACAGCUGCUACUUCACAAGAUGUUCCUAAUGCUGGACAAUAAGAGAAAGGAGAUAAUUCACAAAAUUCGAGAGCUGCUGAAUGCCAUUGAGCUCACGCAGAACGUCCUGAUCAACGAUGAGCUGGUGGAGUGGAAACGCAGACAGCAGAGCGCCUGUAUCGGGGGACCGCCCAAUGCUUGCCUCGAUCAGCUGCAGAGCUGGUUCACCAUCGUCGCCGAGAGUCUGCAGCAGGUUCGCCAGCAGCUAAAAAAGCUGGAGGAACUGGAACAGAAGUUCAACUAUGAACUGGACCCCAUCACCAAAAACAAGCAGGUCCUGUCAGACCGCACCUUUGUCCUCUUCCAACAGCUCAUUCAGAGCUCCUUCGUGGUGGAGCGACAGCCAUGUAUGCCGACUCAUCCCCAGAGGCCCCUGGUAUUGAAGACCGGGGUGCAGUUCACUGUGAAGUUGAGAUUGUUGGUGAAAUUGCAAGAGCUGAAUUACAACUUGAAAGUGAAAGUCUCAUUUGAUAAAGACGUGAACGAGAAGAAAACAGUCAAAGGAUUUCGGAAGUUCAACAUCCUGGGCACGCACACGAAAGUGAUGAACAUGGAAGAGUCCACCAACGGAAGUCUGGCUGCGGAGUUCCGGCACCUGCAACUGAAAGAACAGAAAAAUGCUGGCAACAGAACUAACGAGGGGCCUCUCAUUGUCACGGAAGAACUCCACUCCCUUAGCUUUGAGACCCAGCUGUGCCAGCCAGGCUUGGUGAUUGACCUUGAGACCACCUCUCUGCCUGUCGUGGUGAUCUCCAACGUCAGCCAGCUCCCCAGCGGCUGGGCUUCCAUACUGUGGUACAACAUGCUGGUGACGGAACCCAGGAACCUCUCCUUCUUCCUGAACCCACCGUGCGCGCGCUGGUCCCAGCUCUCCGAGGUGCUGAGCUGGCAAUUUUCAUCCGUCACCAAGAGAGGUCUCAACGCCGACCAGCUGAGCAUGCUGGGAGAGAAGCUUCUGGGUCCUAAUGUGAGCCCUGAGGGUCUUAUUCCGUGGACGAGGUUCUGUAAGGAAAAUAUUAACGAUAAAAAUUUUUCCUUCUGGCCUUGGAUCGACACCAUCCUGGAACUCAUUAAGAAGCACCUGCUCUGCCUCUGGAACGACGGGUGCAUCAUGGGUUUUAUCAGCAAGGAGCGAGAACGCGCUCUGCUCAAGGACCAGCAGCCGGGGACGUUCCUGCUUAGGUUCAGUGAGAGCUCCCGGGAAGGCGCCAUCACGUUCACGUGGGUGGAGCGGUCGCAGAACGGAGGGGAACCCGACUUCCACGCCGUUGAACCCUACACGAAGAAGGAGCUUUCAGCUGUUACUUUCCCCGACAUUAUCCGCAAUUACAAAGUGAUGGCUGCUGAGAAUAUCCCAGAGAAUCCCCUGAAGUACCUGUACCCCAACAUUGACAAAGACCAUGCCUUUGGGAAGUACUACUCCAGGCCAAAGGAAGCCCCAGAACCAAUGGAGCUUGACGACCCUAAGCGAACGGGCUACAUCAAGACCGAGUUGAUUUCGGUGUCUGAAGUCCACCCCUCUAGACUUCAGACCACGGACAACCUGCUUCCCAUGUCUCCGGAGGAGUUUGAUGAGAUGUCCCGGAUAGUGGGCUCUGAUUUAGACAGUAUGAUGAGCGCAGUAUAAACAUGAAUUUCUCUCUUCUCUGGAGACAUUUUUUCUUCCCAUCUGUGAUUCCCUCCUGCUCCUGUUCCUUCACCUGCUGUGUUUCUAGGGAAGUGCAAGCAAGAACAACACAGUUGUUGCCCCCUGUUGCUAGCAAGUGGAUAUUCCUCUCACUCGAAACCUGUUACUCGGAAGGACUUCACGCGCCUUAACUGAAGGUGAACCGGAAAAGUCACCUGUGUAAAGUAGAUUCUGCGGACAGAGCAGAGCCCCACCCAAGGCGUCAGGACUAGACAGCCAGUGUCUGGGACAGGUGAGGAGUAGAGUGACAUCUGGUAAACGCUGUGUCGUCAGUGCCCAACCGCUACACAUCACGGGACAGUCCGCGGGGUGAUGUGGGAGCGGUUCUGUCCUGAAGAUACUGGCAUGCUCCCUCUGCUUUAUGGCUGGAAGCCUUCCGCUCUUUUGCCUAUGGCACAGUACAGAGCCAACUUGAUAAUGCAGUGCUAUGUCAGACAAUAGUGGACAUCCUUCAUCUGAGUGUGUGGGGGGGAAGCAGGGGUGUUACCACAUCUUCUGCACCGGCCGUAUAAAACUACAGGCACAAUUGCGCUCUUCAGGGAGCUAGCUUUGUUGUUGGCUGUGGUUAAAAGAAACUAAACACCCAUAGAAGAAAGAGCGUUUUCCAAAUUCUCCAGUAGUUUCUGUUUAAUACAUACUCCACCAAGCUAAGUGGGUUUUGCUGUCAUUUGGGUCAUCGGUUGAAUAAAACUAUCUUUGCACAUCCA